GCGACGCACACCUUACAGCGAGACUGGCCAGGUGGGACGGCCUGGUUCCGACAUCCCAGGCGGAGCCCCGAAGCGACCGACCGCGCUUGCAGCUUGCUGCCGUUCCUCUCCAGAGGCUCUCUCGCCCCAUACCUACCUGUGGAGCUUCCAACUAAAGCACCGCAACAGGUCGGCCUACCCUCCCCCCAGUUCCCCUCGCGGCUCACUCGGCUCGACGGCGGAAAAAAGGCGUCCGCCAACCCCGCGGCAUUCUGUGGCCGACGUCCGUCUUCGAGGUACCUUGUGGUUACCGUGGCUCUGGUGCUGCCGUGUUUUGAGGCGGAGGCACGUCCUCCUAGAGUGCGACGACGAUGGCGUGUUCCGCGGUGACCCUGUCCGUGGCGACGAUCGCGGCCGUUCUGGCCCUGGCCUGCCUGGCCAUCUCGUUCGGAACGGAUAACUGGCUGGAGACGCGGGUGAACAGGACGGCCAUCCGGACGCAGCUACAGAGGGACACCGACGAGUAUCGGGCGUACGAGACGAAGCCGGAGUACUUCAGUCGGGACCAGGGGCUCUUCAGGCUCUGCUUCCCCGACAAGAAGCCCAAAGGAGUGGAGACGUUCAUGUCCCCGGUGCAGACGGACUGCAUCAACGUCAACUACUACAUCCCAGAAGACGAGACGUCGGACGGAUUCACAGAGCAGCGCUGGGAGAGGCUCCACAUGGCCCGGUCCGUGGUGGCCCUGUUCAUCAUCUCCUUCUUCUUCGCCUUCCUGUCCUUCUUCACGGGCAUCGCCGGAUGCUGGAAGCGCUCGAACAGCAACAUCAUCGCCACUGGACUGCUCCAGAUACUCGCAGCGCUCACUGUGGCCGGAGCCAUGGGCCUCUGGCACGGCGUCGAAUACUACGACUUCAAGAAGCUUCAUGAUCACAUGUCCGUCUACAAUUGGCCGGCGGUCCUCCGGCGCAAGGGCGUCACCGAGUUCUCGUACGGCUGGUCGUACAUGCUCGCGUGGGCGGGCGUGGGCGCCAGCCUCCUGACGGGCAUCCUGUUCCUCGCAUCCGCCCGCUGCCUCCGCCGCGAGAAGAAGGCCGACCAGGCCAAGAACAUGCAGUACCUGAUGCCCGUGUACCCGGACAAGCGGCAGCCGCCCUACGGAUACGCGGCCUACCCGGGACCCUACGCGUACCACCACGGCUCGCAGUACGGGCCGUACGGAUACUGACCCCGCGGCGGAGAUCCUCGUUUUGUACAUAACGCUAACCCGCGGCCCCCGACUAACCGGCGGCGGCAAACCCUGGCGGGUGGCUGUUCCACGCUCCUUCUCAGAGGUUCCGUGCAGCGCUGUGGGAGCUGCAGGGAGCGGACGUUGCACCGGAGGUAGGGUCUGUACUGUGGUCACUCGCAACGUAAGGUCAGCGGUGGGUGCUUUGCCACCCGGCCAAUACCACUGGGAAGAUGAGGCCCGCACGUGACGUCACUCUUAGUGGAUCACCAACCCGGCCAACAUUUCGGCACAGGCGCAGCCAAUCCCGCCGGAGGGCAACGAGCCAUUGCUGGAGCCGGAGCAUCCACCGCCGACCCUAUGUUGCGACAGACUGUGGCGCACCCCGCCCGAAGCUACAGUAAAAUACGAGUUAAGGAUGCGCCAAAAGCUCAUAUUCCACAGCCUCGACCCAAGCAGCGCAGAUUUGGCCAAUCAUUGGCCAACGGUCCUUCGGCCAGUUGCCAGACAUGGCCAGCCAUUGGUUGAUGACUGGCCUUUCUCUGGAUAUUGGCCUAUGGCCAUCAGCCAUCGGCCAAACAUUGGCCGAUGAAUGGCCAUUCUUUAGCCAUUGGCCAAUGCAUGGCCAAAUUCAGUGCUGCUUGAAUCAUUACCUCCAGUCAGUGUUCCUCCGCAAAGCGCAAACAAGUCCGCUACCGAAGCGACCGUUGCAUCUGUGGAAAUCGGAGCACGCGGCUCGCUCGAAAACGACAAGACGACAAGGACACUGAGGAAAACGGACCUUUAUCCGAACAGGCCCCGCAAUCGAGCGCGGUCCCCCGACGCGAGCCCUGGGCCGCGCCAACGUGUUUCCCUUCCACAAGCCCACAAGCCCCAUAAUUCGUCGUGGCUAGUGCCUUUCCUGGCUGGUCUGCGGUGCGAGUCGAUGUCGUGGUUGGUACAUGGUGGUGUUCAUUUGGCACAUUCUUAACUUGUCUCAGACUAUAGGGGGAACGGACGUUGCACCGGAGGUGGAAUGUACUAAUACACCCUACCGGAGGACAGCCCGAUGAAACUGUUAAUAGUUUCAGAAUUCCGACGGAUGCGAUGGCGGAAAUGUGGUUUUUAUAGGGGUGGGCUUCUCCAUCCAACUGAAGGUACUACUCACAGGACGCCGACAUUCCCUUUUUUAUGAUGAGUCACUGCGCACAUGCGUGGUUGGUGGACGCCGCAGCGACUAAGCUAUUAACCGGAUUGACCCAUUUUUUUCUUAGAUAUUUAUUUGUUUCUCGAAAAAAAGCAACAAAGACGGGCCGAUGUUUAGUUCAGUAUCCAGGGACAAUGCUGCGUCUGUUUUUAUUUCUUAUUGUAAUUUUGCGCGCGCGUGUCUGUGUUUUGUGUUUGUGUGUGUGUAUGUCCCUCGUGUCUAGUUUUAAUUACGAUCGCCAACGAGAAGUAAUACUUUUGUUUUUCUCGCACAAUUGAGCAUCGCGUAUACAUAUACCUUGCACGUGACCUCAUUCAAGCUGCCGUUUACAUCUUAUUGUUUCGCCGUGAACCACACGUUCUACGUUGCCAAGUAAAGUCCGGAGGACGUGCAGCAGUGUCAUCAGCGAGAAGUCGCCAUCAUUUUGAUCGAACCGCGCUACACGCUUGCCCAAGCCAUCCACCGACUUGUAAAAAACGGGAUCCCGCAUAUAGACGUUUGCAAGCAGCCAGGCUUCAUAAUCUUGUUAGGCCACCGUAGAUUAAAAAAAAAAAAAAAACUUUGUUUGGGUGCCAGCUUGGCAACCCUGGGCCCGCCUUAGCAAGGCUAGAUGGCGCAAGCUACCGCCCGAUGCAAAGGCUGUAGCCAUAUACACCCUUCCACCGCUUGUCACUCAGGCAAAAAGAAAAAAAAAUACCGAAUCACUGGGCAGUCGAUGCAUGCGCGGCGUCUGAUGUCUCAUAGAAGUGGGCUACUGCGCAUUCUCAGCGUUCCACAGCCCAGCAGACAAAGAUUGCAGCCCAAGAUGGCGGCGCCCAAAGGCAGUGCUUUCAAACGUCUGACGUCUUCAAGAAGCCACGCUCCAAAAACUAGUCUGGCUACCGCGGAUGUAAAAUGCUUUGUUUAGGCGCCAGUCUGGUAACUGUGGGCACGCCUUAGCAAGGCUUGACUAUCGGACAAUCUACACACAUCAGCAACAAGAUGGCCGCAUCAGAUGCCGUACUUUCAGACCGUCUAUAGCCUCCGCAGCACUGCACGGGACUCUCGCUUUGAAAAGGUGUGUGUGGCCGCUCAAGGAAUGCGCCGUGUCCUCGGGAGACCUCGCUACUCAAAAGAGGCUGUUUUCUACGUGAUGGACCGACUAAUUCAUUCCUCCUCUCACCUCCUCAUCCGCCGCGAGCGGUGUCUCGAAUGCCUGACUAACACCGCCAAGGACGACAGACAUUCCGACUCAAAGACGAGGAAGACCUCCUCCGUUUUUAAACACCAAUAAAUACCUGUCGGGUGGGGAAAAAAUUCAGUGAUGGCGGUCAAGUUCAUCCCUGACUGUGGGCGGACAUCCAGGAAUCCUCGCCUCCUCCUCCUCCAGGGGCGCGCGGCAUGCGAGUCAAGGUGAACAAGAAUCUUGGCCGAUGACGUCGCGCUCUGCCUUGGAGAUGCAUCCGUGCUCCUACGACCGGUUACUAACCGGCUACUGGGGACAGUGUUGACCACCGUGAUUCGGAAUGUCCGCGCUGCUACGCAAUAAACUAUGCGGGUAUAGGAUUGCAGAGGCAUGACAGAACUUGUUGAGAUCGCUAUGUGUGUGCGUGUUGUUAGCUUCUUUUUGUCUUUUUACUGUUUCAUGUGGUAGAUGAGAUGGUAUACCAUGGUACUCGCCUGGGGUACUCGACUGCGUGUUGCACGAAGGGAAAAGAGAAGAAAAGAAGGAGAUGUUAGGUUACCCCUUCAGCGACGUGGUCGCAUAAUUUGACUGUAGUAUAAUGUGUCUAUAGUAACGAGUAUUUUUUAUCAAUUUAUUGUGGUAACCCUCAGGACUUCCCUGUCAUCUCGGUCGGUCUACGGUAGUGCCAUGGUGGUGGAGCUCUGCCGGGCGUCGAGCCGAGGGAAUGGAGGCAACACGUGUCACAAGUAGAAAAAUAAAAUGGUUUCGGCAAAACGG